GAGCGCGUCCCCGGACAGAAGAGUCAACAUGUCGGUGCUGCUGCUGCUGCUGCUCGGCCUGCUGCUGCUGCUGCUACUGCGCCUGCGCUCCAGGAAGAGACGAGAUGGGGAACCUCCGCUCAUCAAAGGCUGGAUUCCGUUCGUGGGGAAAGCUCUGGAGUUCGGACGAGACGCCCACAAGUUCCUAGAAGAACACAAGAAGAAGUUUGGGGACGUUUUCACAGUUCAGAUCGCAGGUAAAUACAUGACCUUCAUCAUGGACCCUCUGCUGUAUCCCAGCAUCACCAGACACGGCCGACAGCUGGACUUCCACGAGUUCUCCGACAAGGUGGCGCCCGAUACCUUCGGCUACCCGCCCGUCCUCGGGGGGAAGUUCCCCGGCAUGCACGAGCAGAUCCACCGCUGCUACAAGCUCCUCCAGGGAGACGGCCUCUCGGCCCUGACAGAGAGCAUGAUGGGUAACCUCAUGCUGGUGUUCCGUCAGGACCACCUGGGCGAGCGGCCGGAGGAAGAGGGUGGCGGCUGGAGGAGCGUCAGCAUGUACGAGUUCUGUAACGCCAUCAUGUUCGAGGCCACCUUCCUCACCAUGUUCGGCAGGCCGGCGUCCGACAGCCGCCACGCCGACAUGGCCCGGCUGAGGGGGGACUUUGUCCAGUUCGACACCAUGUUUCCUCUGCUCAUCGCUCAGAUCCCCAUCUGGCUGCUGGGGCGGACCAAGGCCGUCCGAGACAAGCUGAUCGACUAUUUCCUGCCGCACAAGUUGUCGUCCUGGUCCGACACCUCGCUGUUCAUCAGGACGCGAUCGGAGCUGCUCGACCAGUACGAGGCUCUGAAGGACGUCGACAAAGCAGCUCAUCACCUGACCAUCCUGUGGGCGUCCGUGGGGAACACCGUCCCCGCCACCUUCUGGGCCCUGUACUACCUGUUGAGUCACCCUGAGGAUCUGCAGGUGGUCCGCCAGGAGCUCCAGUUCGUCCUGAGACUGAGCCGAGUCCAGUUCAGCAGGGACCGGGACGUGAGGCUCGAUCGAGACCAGCUGGAGCAGCUCGUGUAUCUGGAGAGCGCCAUCAACGAGAGCCUCCGCCUGUCCUCGGCCUCCAUAAACAUCCGCGUCGCUCAGGAGGACUUCGGUCUGCGGCUGGACGGCGAGCGCUCGGUGGCCAAACAUUCACAAUGUGAACUGACAGCAUGA